CUCCAUCCCGCAUGGAGCUCGUCCACAUGACUCUGUCCACAUGACUCUGCUGUCCCUAUCAUCGCCUCCCGUUCCAUCCCCGCCUCUCGCUCCUACCCCGUCUCCUUCUUCCGUUCCCGUCCCCGUCGCUUUCCCGUGUCCCCGUAUCCGUUGCCCGUCUCCGUGGCCCAGCCCGUGCCCCCGUCCCCGUCCCCGUCCCCGUCCCCUGGCUGCCGCCCCGGCGCGGCCCGGUUCGCUGUUGUGCGCUCGCCCCGCCCGUCGGCCCCGGCGGUGUCCCGGCCGUGUCCCCGCGGUGUGCCCGCCAUGUCGCGGCGGACGGUGCGGGUGCUGCGGCUGGGCGCGGUGCCGUACGCGGAGGCGCUGCGGGUGCAGGAGCGCUGCGUGGCGGCGGCGCGGGCGGCGCGGGGCCCGGCGGCACUGCCGGGGCCGGCGGCGGGCCGGGGCGGCGCGGAGGCGCUGCCGGCGGAGAGCGUGGUGCUGAGCGAGCCGGCGCAGCCCGUGUACACCUGGGGGCUGCGGGGCGCGCCGGGCGCGGCGGCGGCCGCGGCGCUGCGGGCGCGGGGCGCGGCGCUGGUGGCGGCGCGGCGCGGCGGCCACAUCACCUUCCACGGCCCCGGGCAGCUGCUCGCCUUCCCCGUGCUCGACCUGCGCCGCCGCCGCCUCCCUCUCCGCGCCUACGUGGCCGGGCUGGAGGCGCUGGUGCUGCGGCUCUGCCGCCGCCUCGGGCUGGGCGCGGCCCGCGCCCUCCCGCCGCCCUUCACCGGGGUCUGGAUGGGCGACAGCAAGCUCUGCGCCAUCGGUGUGCACUGCGGGAACCACAUCACCUCGCACGGGCUGGCGCUGAACUGCUGCACCGACCUCUCCUGGUUUGAGCACAUCGUCCCCUGCGGGCUGGAGGGCAAGGGCGUCACCUCGCUGAGCCACGAGCUGGGGCAGCACAUCGCCGUCAGCCACGUCCUCGAGCCCUUCCUCGACUCCUUCCAGGAGGUGUUUGACUGCACUUUGGUCUCUUCAGAAGACCCUGGGGAUUAGAAUUGUUGUGGUGCCUUGGCCGGGUGUUUUGGCAAAGCCACGGCGCAGCCAGUGGGCAUCAGGGCAUUGCCGGGGGUCUCUGUUGUGAGAUGAGUUCUUGUGCCUUUGCCUGUAGACUGUGACUGGGCCUUGGCACAGGGUUUCAGGCUGCUGCUCGACCAUCCAAACCUCCCCUGGGGCUGUUCUCUCCAGCCCUGUGAGUCUCCAUCCCUCGGCUGAAAUGUCCAUGGGUACCAUUUGCUGGGGAAGUACCCGAACAGGUGCUUUUGUGGGGUUUUUUUCUGCUUUUUGCCCCACAAAAAUUAAAGAUUUGUGUGAAUGCUCAUGAAUUCACAUGAAUUCUCAUGAAUUCACAUGAAUUCUCAUGAAUUCACAUGAAUUUGUGUGGCUUGAGCAUCCUUCCCUUGCUGAUGGGUAAGAAGAGGCAGAAUUUAUAUAUGUAAAGAGAGUUGCUGUGAA